AUGUUCAAGUUAAGAUGUUCUCGGGCGUCAUUCGAUUUUGUUACGGGAAAACAACACGGCGGGGACUGUGAUUUGAGUCCCGUGUCAGUAAUUGGAGUUUAUAUGAGAAACGAGGGAGAUUAUAAUGAUGAAGAGUUAAAGUACAAUCCCCCAAGAAAAUUGCUACCAUCUAUGGUACAACUUCCAAUCUCUCAAACCAGAUCAGAACAGACAUCUAAAAGUACAGGUGACCUCACGAAAGAAACAAUUCCCACACAAAACCUAACUCAAAGCUCGCAUGAUUUAUCCCUGAAUACUACACUGUCUAAACAUCAACUUAAUGAACAGAAGAAAUUAGUAAAACAACAGAUGCUUGAACAAAAGAAGCGAGAAAAAAUUGCGUUUCAAGAAAGUCAGAGACAAGAAAAAAUUGCAGCCCAGGAAAGGAAAAAACAAGAAAAGCUUGCAAUACAAGAAAGACAAAAGCAGGCAAAGUUAGAAGCACAAGAACGUCAAAGACAAGAAAAAACUGCAGCUCACGAGGCAAAAACACACGCAAACCUAGCAAGAGAACAAGAUAAACCGAAAUCCGCUCUAAAUAAACUGAAAUUGAAAAAGAAAACUGCUCCAAUCCCACCACAACCUUCAAUUAACCAACAAAUACCUAAUCAGGUUCAAAUUAAAGUGCCUCAGAAUCCAGAAAACCAAACAAACAACAACGAAGUAACGGAACCGAAACCGCGAAGGCCUGCUCAAACCACCGCAAGGAAUAACCAAUCAAAUUACUCAACAAAUACUCUAGAAAGUUCUAUAAGCAGAUCUAGUGGGCCACCGCCGUAUGGGGAAUUCCCAGAAAUUAUAACAGAUGUACCAGACAGUAACAUAACAUUUGGCAAACCGGUUGCUGACAGCAGUUGGGACUUGAUAUCACAGCACAGGGAGCAGAUGAGCAAAAACACAACAGAGCCAAUAGUACCAAAGACGAAACAAGGCGUACAGUACAAAGUGGGAAACUUACGUCUAGGAGAAAAUAGUGAUGCAUAA